GAUAUACUACUUCCAACAGUUAGCAGUCAACCUCAAUGGCUGCAGUAGAUCGUAACAAGUGCUGCGCGAUUUUGUUCCAUAACAUAGGGAAAAAUAAAAAUAUUACAACUAUUAAUAUCCAGACAUUUGAAUAAAAUUCAAUGUAUCACAUUCUGAACACAACAUCUUCAAAGACGAACAUUUUAAUAGGACAUAUUUUGAAUUAAAUACUAAAAAAUGUAGGAUUUUAUAAUUGAUAUUUGGGAAAGAGGUAUAAUCUGAUAUAAUCGCUUGAUGGAUAGAAAAUUGUUUGAUGUAUAAUGGGGAAAAUAAAGAGAAUACCAAGGCCGUUUAUAAAAAUUAAACGCCUUUCGAGGAGAAAAAAAAUGAUUCUGUUGGGUUGUGAAAUUAAAAAAGAAUUACGAUGGAGAUGGGAACAGCAUAAGAUGGAUGCUACUUUGGAAGCUAUUGGUACGAAUAAUAUCAACGCAUUAAGAAUUUCUGCGGAUCCAGAUAUUGACAUGGAAUAUAUUAAAGGCAUGUCAACCCUAUCGAUUUACGACCGUAAUUAUAGAAACCCGAUGCAAGAAAAUAUAUCUGAAGUUUCCAUGUAUAUCAGACCCGACGUGAUGCGUAAGCUAAAUAAUUUAGAUAUCAGCGAUGAAAACGAAGCAAAUUAUAACGCAAACACACCGCAACAGGACAUCGAAUACGAUAUGUUACAACAAACUUCGUAUCUUCGUAUAAGCGAUAUUAACGAACCAGAUAUAAAUGAAAGAAUAAGAAAUAUUAUCGUAUCGGACUUAAAUGUAAAAUAAAAUAAGUGUUAAAGAUUUAGAGAAGACAUAUAUAUUAUCUCCAUAUUUAACAUGAAUCACUCUAUUUAUUUCAAUGUAUCGCUUUGUGCGUAAAUAAACUCAUUUUGUGCAAUAUAUAUAGCUUUAAUAAUGUUUGUAGCACGAUAUUAUAUGCGAGUUUUAUAU